GUAAAAGAAAAAGAAGAGAGGCGUCACUGGGACCUCAUGCUCUCUCCAGGAAAAGCAGUCUUGCAUUGUAACAGUACAAACUGCAAAAGUACUGUAGAUUUACAGUGUAGAUUUACACAGAGAGAGAGAGAGAGAGAGUUGCAUUGUAACAGUACAAACUACAAAAGUACUGUAGAUUUACAGAGAGAGAGAGAGAGAGAGAGAGAGAGAGAGAGAGAGAGAUCUGAGCUUGUGUCGGGGGGCGGAACGGGUCGGAUCUAGCUCGUCAAAGAUGAACGCGAUCGACACAAAGCUUCAUCAAAGCCUCGCUCAAUCUGGAGCUUCAUCGAAGCUCAUCGACUGAAAAAGCUGCACGAUCGAGUCAAUUUAGAUUUGAACCCUGGAGUGGCCUCCGUACACUGGAGUGUGACAUUUUUCUGGAGUAGUUUGGUAUUGAAUUUCUGGCAAACAAUUAUUCUUAUCCCGGUUUGGAUUUGUUAAACUAACUAAAGAGGAGUAUCGAAGCUAAUUGUAGAUAUAGAGGGCUGGAGCGUGAAAACCCUUUUGCUGCUCGGUUUCCUAGUGGGUUUUAGACCUAGAAAUAGAUUGAAGUUGUUGGAACUUGGAAGAUACAAGAGUUUUGAGUAACCUGAUGUUUCAACUCUGUAGCUUGAAUUCUUAGAAGAAAGACAAUGGGAGACACUAUAUCUUUGUUCAGAGAAUAGAAAAGAGAGAGAAAUCAAUGGAAGACUGGUCAAAGUAUGCCCACAGUCCUGCUCAUUUGGCCGUUGCACGCCGUGACUAUUCUUCCCUAAGAAAACUCGUUGCCAGUAUCCCUCGGCUUGCAAAGGCCGGUGAGGUUAAUACCGAAGAAGAAUCUCUCGCUGCGGAGCUUCAAGCUGAAGCCGUAUCUGCAGUUAUUGACCGGAGGGAUGUUCCGGAGCGUGAGACCCCUCUGCAUCUUGCGGUGCGCCUAAGGGAUCCUACCUCUGCUGAGAUUUUGAUGGCAGCAGGUGCUGACUGGAGUUUACAGAACGAGAAUGGCUGGAGCGCUCUCCAAGAAGCAGUUUGUGCCAGAGAGGAAAACAUUGCUAUGAUCAUUGCAAGGCAUUAUCAGCCUCUUGCUUGGGCCAAGUGGUGCCGUAGGCUCCCUCGCAUUGUUGCUUCUGCUUCUCGAAUUCGCGAUUUCUACAUGGAGAUAACUUUCCAUUUUGAGAGCUCUGUCAUUCCGUUCAUUGGCCGGAUUGCACCAUCGGACACUUACCGAAUUUGGAAGCGUGGGUCCAACCUUCGCGCUGAUAUGACCCUUGCCGGGUUUGAUGGGUUCCGAAUCCAACGGUCUGAUCAGACUUUCCUUUUCCUUGGGGAAGGGUAUUCUUCUGAGGAUGGGAAUGUAUCGGUGCCUCCUGGUUCUCUGAUCGUGCUUGCUCAUAAAGAGAGAGAAAUCACAAAUGCUUUGGAGGGAGCCGGUGUGCAACCGACUGAAGCCGAAGUUGCACAUGAAGUGGCCUUGAUGUCGCGUACUAACAUGUAUAGGCCUGGUAUUGACGUUACUCAGGCGGAGCUGGUUCCCCACCUGAAUUGGAGGCGGCAGGAGAGGACGGAGGCGGUUGGAUAUUGGAGGGCUAAGGUUUAUGAUAUGCUUCAUGUGAUGGUGAGCGUUAAAUCAAGGCGGGUCCCCGGUGCUAUGACAGAUGAGGAGCUUUUUUCUGUGGAUGAUGAUGAACGGAUAGGAAAUGGAGGGGAGUAUGAUGAGGUAUUGACGGCUGAAGAAAGAAUGCAGUUGGAUUCUGCACUUAAAAUGGGAAACUCGGAUGUUCAUUGUGAGGACGAGGAACACGGGGUUCACGAUUUCCGUGAAGAUGGCGAUGGAGUUUCGUUUGAAAGUUCUGAAUCUAAUGGUGCUAUGAAAGAGAAGAAGUCUUGGUUCGGUUGGAACAAGAAAGGUUCAAAACAUGGAGGUGAUGGUCCUGAGGAUUCAAAAGUCUUGAAGAAGUUCUCUAAGUUGGCCACAGAAGGUAAUAACCAGAAAGACAAUGAUAAUCAGAGAUUACCUUCUGACAUUACCAAGGACGACAAAGAUAAAGGGAUCAAGAAGAAAAAGAAGAAAGGAUCCACCAGUGAGUCCAAGACUGAGAGUGAGUUUAAAAAGGGUUUAAGGCCUGUUUUGUGGCUGACCUCAGAUUUCCCUUUGAAGACAGAAGAGCUCUUGCCUUUACUGGACAUUUUAGCAAACAAAGUGAAAGCUAUCAGGAGACUGAGGGAGCUUUUAACUACAAAACUUCCUCCUGGCACGUUUCCUGUUAAGGUUGCUAUCCCCAUUGUUCCAACCAUUAGGGUUCUAGUCACUUUUACCAAGUUUGAGGAGCUUAAGCCAAUGGAGGAAUUCUCAACCCCUCUCUCUAGCCCUGUGCACUAUGAAGAUGCCAAAUCCCAUAAGGAAACUGAGGGGUCCACAUCGUGGAUCUCGUGGAUGAGAGGGAGCCAUGGUGGGCAAUCAAGUGACAGUGAAGGCCGUAGCUUCAGGGAUGAAACUGACCCUUUCCACAUACCAUCUGACUAUGCGUGGGUUGAUGCCAAUGAGAAGAAGCGUCGGAUGAAAGCCAAGAAAGCUAAAAGCAAGAAAAAUAGGAAACAAACAGCUGGUAAAAGCGGGGAUCGCGUACGUCAAGUGAGCGAGGAUUUGGAAGAGUAGCAGGUGCAUAAUAUCUGCGUAAAUCUAGAAGUGAGGUAAAGACUAUUAGUUAUUGGGUGAUUGUUUCUUGCUUACAAAUAUCUCUCUCCUUUAAUUGUCGUAUUCUUCCAUGUUAUCCUUUGUUUUUUUGAUUGUCUCAUCUAUGUUCUUGAUGCUCUUAAGACCUUGUGUAUCUAUAUUUGUUGAUUAUUCAUUCUAUACUCCUUAUUGGCUUGUGGCAA